AUGGAGGCACAAAAAGUGGUCGACUCUCUUGAAUCUCAGAAUAAUUGUGGGUCUGACCUUGUGGAGGAUUUGGCUUAUGCCCAUAAGACAUUACUUGAAGUUAUAUCUCUAAAGGAAAGCAUGUUAAAACAAAAGGCCAACGAUACUCUUUUUGCUGAUGAAGACAUAAAUACUAAUUAUUUUCAUGCCACUUUUAAGCACAAGAGGAACAUGAAUGUCAUAUUUAAAAUUAAGGAUAUUAAUCGGGGCUUGAUCCCUGAUUCUAAGGAAAUUGGUAUGAGUGUUGUUCAUUAUUUCACUGGCCUUUUUGAUUCUACCUUGCUUGUCCCCCCUGUGGAGUCUUAUCUUUUCUUAAGAGAAAGUCGAACUCGCCGAACUCGCCAGAUUGAGCACGACUCGACUGGCUUACAUCCCCGCAACAGCCAUCCUUCCAGACCAGUCUUCUCCUCCCCUGUUUGUAAAGUAGAUGUAGUGCAGCUAUCCAAGUUUCCAGAUUUUCAAUCCAUAAGAAGUUACCAUCAGCCUAUGGCUUACCUUGCAGCAUCGACUUGCCAGGUGCGGCGUCCUCUUUUAACCAGUGCCGGCUCCCGGCCACCUCCAUCACAACCUUCCUCUGAGGCCAACUUUUUCUCUGGCCUGCGGUCUAUGUUUGCAAGAGCGGAGGAUGGCUUGAGGAUAUUCUUCGCUGUUCUGUUCUGGAUGUCUCUUUUCUUCUGGGGAAGUGCAUGGGAAGGUGGGGAUGAUGGUAGAAAGAGAGGACUGCGUAAGAGAAGGUGAUUCCUGCAAGUCUGGAAGAACUAUAGAUUUCGAAGCCAAGAUGAACAAUCAUGUCUCUUGAUUAUAGUUCUGUUGAUUAAUGAUUUCUGGAUGUAUUAAAUGCAGAAAGUUUAUCUGCGAUAACUGCAUGCAAAGCACCCGAAAUAUUGUUAUUUAUAAUAUCCAACACCUGGGUGAUAUUUUUGAACUACUGAACUGAUGUAUUU